AUGGUGUCGACCAAGUCUGUCCUCCAGUAUGGUGGCAUGGCUUCAGAUGUGAUUUUCCCUGUGCAGGGUUCUGUGAGCCCCUGGGUGAUGCUUGACUCUGCCAACAACACUGACCCCAAUGCUCAGUACCACGACUUCUGUGCUUUUACCAAUGACUCUCGCCCUGAACUGGGUACAUGCCUUUCGGAGAUUAAGGAUAUGGCCAAUACUAUCUGCCUGCUGUCAUUACGCCUACCAGUAUGCAAGCAGGCUGGAGGCAUCAACACACAAUUCAUGAGUUCCACCAUUGUCGAUCUGUUCAAGAUCAACUCCGGGCAGGAUUUUAUGAAGAAGUUCAAGGAUGGUCUUGGACUUGAUUCUGCAACACUCGAAAGCCAGAGGACAUGUCUUCGCAAUCUAUUCUUGAUCAGUGCAGUCGACAAUCGAAAUUCGCCUCAGUUCCUUUUGGUUCUCAUGGUCUCCAUCAUCGGGUUCAAAUUCAUUGCAUCGAUCAAUUUCGGGGCUGUUCAUGCACCCAAGGACCAUGACAAGUUCAGAACAUUGUUGGAUCUGGCAAUGAUUGCCCGACACCAUGUAUCAUGCUUGAUAUUCUGGGUGCUGACCCGAACUUGGACCCUGAACCUGCUCAGUUUUGUAUUGAUUGGCGAGGGCGCCCGACAGCAUAAUAUGGCCAAAGUGUACUCGGGUCUGUACGAGUGUGCUGGACAUGUCGUGCCUUACCUUGUGGUCAUCAAGGUUGGGAAGCCUGACAGAGAGGUCAUGUCCCGGAAUCAUGUCAUGCAUUUCUUGAACAAGGUGCAUUACAAUAUGCCGAUGAAUCCCCUUGAGCUCGAGAUGUAUCACCAGAUCAAGAAUGUCAUCAUGCAUCAAGCCGACAUUUUAUGA